GCCGCCAGUCGUUGCCGCGCUGCCAGCGACGUUGCCACACCGGCGCCGCUCGCUCUCGACGACGCCGACGACGACGCGGUCGCGAAAUAUACGCGCGCGCGACCAAUCGAAACAUAUGAUUUGACGCAAAGUUACGCACCAGUUUUUUUGUUUUUCUCUAUGCCAGUUUAGAGCCAGUUUUUUAAUUUCGUUUUUUAUUAUUAUUUAUAUUUUAAAGUUUAUUAUUAGGAUUUAAGAUACAAUAUAAUUUUACGUAGAAUAAGAUUAGGCCAGUAAUCAACAGAAACCCCUGUAGCCUGUAAGCUAAGCAAAGUUAUAUAAAAUAAAGUGUAAAAAAUCAAAAAUAAAUUAAAAAAUAAAUAUCUUGUUCUGAGUAAGAUAUAGUAUAGUAAAGUGAUAUAUUUUUCUACUGGAACUGAAAUAUUGUGUGAGCAGUGCGAUUCCCAGUUCAUCUAAAAACAAGAAGCUAGAAAAAGGAAGAUCAAGGAGAGAUUUCAUGGUUUUCAUGGACGAAUGUCAGACGGACACGACCAGGUGGAUCGGGGCGCCUCAUCCGGGGGUUCCCCUGUCCCCCACAGCUCCAGAGGCAGAAGGUCCUCCAGUCCAAAUGGAACCGGUUGAUUUGAGCGUGAAAACUCAUCUGGUCAUUCCAAAGCAUCCACCACAACGGCUCAAAAAUCCAGCUCCAUCUGGAAAAGUACACACCAAACUACCUGAUAUUCCUAAAAGUAAUUUAUUGACAUCUCCAGACCUAAAUAUAGCACUUGUUUCCAAUCCUGCACGAUCACUCACCUCCACAGCGGCAUUAUUAGCAUUACAGAGGAUAAAAGACGCUUCAAUAUCACUAACAAUAACUCCAGCUUUGCCUUCAUCGCCUAGCAAAUCAAGUUCCAGUAAUAACAAUACCACUAUCAACAAUAACAAUAUCUACGAAGAUACGAAAACCAUUCCGGAAGUAACUAUACGAAGGAGAAAAAUUCACCGUUGUGAUGUGGCCGGCUGUCAUAAAGUCUACACUAAAAGUUCCCAUUUAAAAGCGCAUAAGCGUACACAUACAGGUGAAAAACCGUACCAAUGUUCCUGGGAGGGGUGCACAUGGAAAUUUGCACGGUCCGACGAACUAACGAGGCAUUAUAGGAAACACACAGGCCAGAAACCAUUUAGUUGUAAUUUAUGUCAGAGAUCGUUUAGUAGGUCCGAUCACUUGUCGCUUCACAUGAAGAGACAUUAUAACAUGCUUACAUUAACUAAAUCAGUAAUAUCCUUGACAAGGAGUUUAUAUCCAAAUGUUGUUAAUAAAGUAGCCCAAUUUCAUGCCAUAGGUAAUGGUGCACUAAAUUUUGUGAAGGAAGACUCCUUCUUAAGACCUACGACCAAUAUUUUUACCAGUAUUUGUGGAUUUAAAGUAAUGGGAAAAUUUUGCAAUAUGGCUGAUCUAUUUAUACACGAUAUAAAGGAACGCUUUUUGAACAAAUACAAAUUACAACAAGAUUUAAAUGAUAAUUCCAAUGUUUGUAUUGAAGAAAUUAAAAUUGAAGUAGUAGAUCAUGGUGUAGAUGAUAAUAUAGUAGAUGCUGAUUCUUUUACCGGAAUUCUAAACGAUGUUGAGGUGUAUUCCAUAACUCCAGAAGUAACAAUAACAGUAAAUAACAUCAAUACCAAAAAGCUUUAUAAAUGUGAUUUUAAAGGAUGUAAUAAAUCUUAUACCAAAAGUUCCCAUGUAAAAACUCACAAAAGAGUUCAUACAGGGGAAAAACCAUAUAUAUGUACUUGGGAAGGCUGUGAAUGGAAAUUCCGUCGUUCAGAUGAAUUAAAAAGACAUUACAGAAAACACACUGGUCAAAGGCCAUACACUUGUAUUGUAUGUGAGAGGACAUUUCAGAGAGCUGAUCAUUUAAGAAUCCAUUUAAGAAGAACUCAUUCAUAGCAUUUAUCCUAACAUUACAUAAUUAUAUCUUACUAAAACAGUUCCUUUAUUAUGUUACAAUCAAUUUGUUUUGCUACAAACCAAAGGUGUAUGUUAUAGUUAGAUAGUACAGUUUCUAAGCAGUUUUACUAACUCGACAAUUACUAUUUGAAAAAUAGUUAAUUUAAAUAUUAUGUUACUUGGAAAAAAUUAUAAAUAAAAUUAU